AUGCUUUAACACCAUGCAUUUGAGAGUAAGUUUUUGAAGUUUUAUAUAAUUCGGAUAAUUUAAAUUUGUGAAUCAAAAACAUUGAAAACCGGAUUCAAAGAAAUAAGAAUUUACUCUAAUAAGCAAUCCACAAUUACUAAAUAUAGAAAUAGAAAAUCUAUGGAAUAGGUAUAUUAGGGAGAAACAUAUAUAUCUACAAAAUAAUAUGCACAAAUUCUUGCCUUAUUUCCUAAAUUAACAUAGAAUAUUACACUUUCUGAACAUUUUAAAAAAAAGAUGGGAUCAUAGCGUCAAAUAUAAGCAUCUGUAAAGGAAACAGUAUCAUUAAUAAUGGAAAAAUAAAGGCAGUAAGAGCAGGAAUUAAGGACUAAGUAAGUAAUAUAAAAUUUUUUAAAUCAUCGAUCAAUUAGAGGCGUAGAAUAAAUGAAUAGAAGCACUCCAGCAGUUAUAGUAAAAAAAUCAUAAUUAGACAUCAAAUUAUUAUUGAAAAUCUUUCUGACAACUGUUCUUAUUAUAUUUUUUUUAUAUUAAGCAAGUGGUUGUGAAUAAUUUCUACUUUGA